CCAUCAUGGCUGCCUCCUGUCUUCGACUUUUAUCUUCAACCAAGAAAGACCUUCCUAAAUGGUCAUGCAUCCUCAGCUCAUCUUUAAAGUUUUCCACCAGUAACCGAAAUGAUGCCAGAUUCUAUAAAACGGCAUUAGAAGCUGUUGAAGACAUUCCAAAAGGAUCAAAAUUAUUAGUUGGAGGUUUUGGACUGUGUGGUAUUCCUGAGAAUUUAAUUAAUGCCUUGUUACAGACUAAAGUGAAGGAUUUAACAGUUGUCAGUAAUAACGCUGGGGUGGAUGAUUUCGGACUUGGGCUGUUGCUUCAACAAAAACAGAUUAAACGAAUGAUAUCAUCGUAUGUGGGAGAAAAUGCUGAAUUUGAAAGACAAUAUUUAUCAGGAGAAUUAGAAGUAGAGCUCACACCACAGGGAACAUUAGCGGAGCGUAUCAGAGCAGGUGGUGCCGGAAUCCCAGCAUUCUUCACUGCUACUGGGUAUGGAACUUUAAUCCAUGAAGGUGGAGCACCAAUUAAAUAUAAUUCUGAUGGAAGUAUUGAUGUCACUAGCCAGGCAAGGGAGAGUCGUGAUUUUAAUGGAAGGAAUUAUAUCAUGGAGGAAUCUAUUACAGGUGAUUACGCCCUCGUUAAAGCAUGGAAGGCGGACAAGUCGGGUAACUUAACUUUCAGAAAAACAGCGCGUAACUUUAACCCACCGAUGUGUAAAGCUGGUAGAAUAACGGUAGCAGAGGUAGAAGAGAUCGUUGAAGAUGGCGCCAUCGAACCAGAAGAUAUUCACGUACCUCAUGUCUUUGUACAGAGAAUCAUUAAAGGUCCAAAAUACGAGAAACGUAUAGAGAGAUUACGUUUAACGGAAGACAGUACGAAUGAAAAACCUAAAAAUGCUGCAGCACUGAUGAGAGAAAAGAUAGUAAAAAGAGCAGCAUUAGAGUUUAAAGAUGGCAUGUAUGCUAAUUUAGGAAUAGGUAUGCCGAUGUUAGCCAGUAAUUAUAUAGCUAAAGGUAUUAACGUUAGUCUACAGAGUGAAAAUGGUAUUCUUGGUCUGGGUCCGUUUCCAAGGAAAGGUGAAGAAGAUGCCGAUUUAAUUAACGCUGGUAAAGAAACAGUAACGUCUUUACCUGGUAGUUCUUUCUUCUCAAGUGAUGAAUCGUUCGCUAUGAUCAGAGGUGGUCAUAUUGAUUUAACUAUAUUGGGUGCCAUGCAGGUGUCAAGAUAUGGUGAUAUCGCUAACUGGAUGAUACCUGGUAAAUUAGUUAAAGGUAUGGGUGGUGCUAUGAUGAUAACUAUAUUAUAUUAUAUUUACUAG